AUGGUGCAGCAACCCGCGCGGGCGGCGACUUCUCUCUUCAACGGCGGUGGCGACUGUGACAAGAUGACGGGGCAUUACGCGCUUGUGUACGUCCCUAAAGAGGAUACGGUGCCCAUGGAGUCCGGCAAGACGGGCGACGUCGUGCCCCAAAGUGCACCCGACAGCCACGGUCAGGGCCUAGUCAAGGCGCUGCCGUUUGCGAAAUCCGUCGGCGGCAUGACGGCGGCGACGGUCACGGCACCGCUCGACGUCCUCAAGACGAGGCUUCAGUCCGACAUCUACCAGGCCCAGCUGCGAGCCAACGCCAAGGCCGUCGGGCCCCUGAACCCCAUGCGGGCGGCCGUCUACCAUCUCACCGACACCCUGCGGAUCCUCGGGGCCGUGUACCGGACCGAGGGCGCCCGCGCUCUGUUCAAAGGCCUCGGCCCCAACCUCGGCGGCGUCGUGCCCGCCCGCAGCAUCAACUUCUACGUCUACGGCAACGGCAAGCGCCUGAUAUCCGAGCACUGGAACGGCGGCAACGAGGCGCCCUGGGUCCACAUGAUGGCCGGUAUGGCGGCCGGUAUCGUGACGUCGACGGUGACGAACCCCAUCUGGAUGGUCAAGACCCGGCUGCAGCUCGACAGAAACGUAUCGGAGGGCGGCGCCGGGGUCAUGCACCGACGGUACCGUAACAGCUACGACUGCCUGAAGCAGAUUACGGUCCACGAGGGCGUCCGGAGCCUGUACAGGGGCAUGACCGCGAGCUACCUCGGCGUCGCCGAGUCGGCGAUGCAGUGGAUGCUGUACGAGCAUCUGAAGGCCGCGCUCGUCCGCCGCGAGGAGGGGAUACUGCGCAGCGGCCGAGAGAAGACUUUGUGGGACAAGUCCGUCGACUGGACUGGCAAGGUUGGCGCCGCGGGCGGUGCCAAGCUCGUCGCCGCCAUCCUCGCCUACCCACACGAGGUCGCCCGCACGCGCCUCCGACAAGCACCGAUGGACAACGGCCGACCCAAGUACAGCGGCCUGGUGCAGUGCUUCCAGCUCAUCUGGAAGGAAGGAGGCCUCAUGGGCCUCUACGGCGGCCUCACGCCGCACCUGAUGCGGACGGUGCCUAGCGCGGCCAUCAUGUUCGGCAUGUACGAGGGCAUCCUGCGACUGUUCAACACGCCGGCCUAG